UGUGUGUGUGUGUGUGUGUGUUGUACAGCACAUGCUUCUUCUUCAUCUUGUUGUUCUUCUUGGUGAAUGAGGAGCUGCCUAGCUGCCUGCAGAUUCUCAGAAGUGAACAAGCUCACCUCGACAUCAACAGCCACUUACAGAUGUUGUAUCUUUGUUUCUCCCUGGUCACAUGAAGUAAUGAGUUGAUGUCAGCAUGGAAACCCGUUCACCGGCUCCAGAGGCUGUGCCCAAGAUACUGAUGCUGGAUGUCAACUCAAGUAAAGGAGAGCUUGCAGCCUUGAUUGGAGGGAUCGUGGGUGCGGUGCUGCUCGCGCUCAUCUGUGUAAUCGCUGUGCUGAUGUGGUGCCUUUCCCGACAUAAAGGCUCAUACACGACCAACGAGACGGACGACGAUGACGAUAUGGACGACGAGGACGAGGAGCCUUUCUGCUCCGACAUGGUGCUUCAAACCAACCAACCUCUGGCGGUUGAUGAAGAUGAAGAAAGUAGGAUAGAGACUUGAUGGGAGCAGUCAGGGACAAAUUAGAUUUUGUAGCUUUUUUUUUAUAGUUGUGAGAAAUGUAAGGUUUUAAUUUCUUCAAGCUGCAAGAAGCAAAUUUGCACUUUGAUGCAACCAAAUUACAUAAAAAUGAAUGGUAUGGCAAAGCUGGAUUUCACGUGUCUCGAUUUUAACGCUUUAAUAUUUCCUUUUCUUUAAAUUAAUGAAAUUCAGGCACAAACUUGAAUGUAAACAUCAGAUCAGGAUCCUUAUACCAGAACAUUUCCCCAUAAUCAGGGGACAUAACACUCAAAAUAAUACUCCAGAGACCAAACGUAAAGAUUAACUGCAGCAUCUGUAUGACUAACAGCUCACUGAAGUCUGAUAAGAAUGUAUCCUGAAGUGCAUUGGAUCUUAAUCAGCGACUUUAAUUUUUCUUUUGCCUUCUUUGUAAAAAUAAACUACCAGGACUUUUAUUAUAUUUAUUGGAAUCCAGGGCAGCAUUCACUUCCCUAACCAACAUUUCUAGUUUACAUUGGUUCUCAGUCCUCCAGACAUUCAUCACUGUGAGAUACUUUCAAUGUCUGCUUUGGCUGGAAAACUUUAAAAUGAGCUUCCACACAGAAACCUCAGAAAGCCCCAUUCACCACAGAGUCGCAUGUUAGAACCUCCACCUGCCACCAGAUGCUGCUGGUUGUCUCAAACGUGAUAAACAUCCAUCAACAUCUUAACUCUUGAGUGCAAGUGGUUUUUUCCACCCUGGUCAUAUUUGUGAUCAUAUUUUAAGCUCGUAACUAACUGCAGACUUGAUGUUCACUAACAUACAACUGUCAUGAAUCAUCUCCAGGAAAUAAUCCAUACAAAGAAAUGUGUAAACAUUUAGACCAGAGAGUUGAUGGCAAUUUUCUUUUUUGACUUAUUUUUACAAACAGAGAAUGUUUUUAUUUUAAUAAUGGAUAGACUUAAACAUUUGUAACUGCUUCCAUAUAGUUAUUAAAAAACCCUGUGCACUUAGUUACAUUUUUAUAAGAAUAAAGUUCAAACGUUUUGAUAAAUUGUA